CUUCCACGCAUUUUUAAAGGGUCAUUAAUCUUACAAAGUAUUUGAAACUAUCCACAUGAUUUAACGAGUAUUUAAACAACGUCAAUGCGCUUUAGCACAUCUGCAAAUUUACGGAUUGGUAGCAUGGGAAGUUUCAUAUGGUGAUAACCUUGUUUGAAGUCAGUUGCAUAUCUCCACAAUUUAUAGAUUCAUCGGAUCUCACUUUCAUUCUAUUCUUCGUUCUUUCUUCUGCUCCGAUCAUUGAGAUAAAAACAUAUUUUUUGUAAUAAAAUUCUCCCAUUUUAACAAUUGUUAAAUCCUUUUCGGUUUUCGCCGAAUCGGUAGAGUUUAGUUCUCUUCCUGGGCGGGUAUGCCCAGGUCAUAUAUUUUCUACUCUUUAUGGUAAUAAGAGGGGAAAGUUAAGGCAGAAUGGCAACAGCAGCUAAAUCGAGGGCCCAGGAUAUGCCUCCUCCUGGAGGUUAUGGCCCGAUCCAAACAGACCGAAUAAAAAUACGAAAUUUUAUGACAGCCCCACUCACAAUCGGCUUAUUCGUAGCGAGUCAGUUCAUCGGAUUUUAUUUUUACGGAUUGAAUUACAAGAAAAUCAAGGAUGAAAAGGCGGAAAUGAAGAGUGCACGAUUUGCAAUGUUUCCUAUGCUUCUUGCCGAAAGAGAUCGAGCAUUCUUGAAGCAACUCAGAAAGAACCGAGAUGAGGAAAGAGAGCUGAUGAAGAACGAUCCCGAAUGGGAAGUUGGUACCUACUACGGAGAACCAAUCUAUAUCACCCGGCCAGCGGAAGAAUUCCGUGAGCCAACAUUCCAAGAAUUUUACGCUCAUGCUUCUUGGUCUGAAUCCAUCGCACUCAGAAUGUUCCGUCGUCACUUUUUCUAAGUCAAUAUUGCGAUUCUUAUAAAGAACUGUAGUAUAUAAUAAUGUACACGUAAUUCAUAAUAAAUGUACAUAAUCUUCUC